UAAAAAUAUCACAAAUAAAGAACUAAAACAAAUAAAAACGAACUUUAAUAAAAUCCCAUAUCUUGUUUCUCUCUCUCUCUCAAAGUUAGUAUCUCAGUACCUUUACGCUUUGUUUGUCUCUAUCUUCUUCCUGAUAUUCAGAGAAUGGUUUCAUCAGAUGAUUGGACGAAGUGUGCGAUGAGAGAUGGAGAAGUGGUGGCAGAGCUUUUGGUGAAGCUUAAAGAAGCCAAAGUAAUCAAGAAUCCGAUUGUAACAGCGCUCCGGUGGGGAAUCCAACAGCCAAGGUCUCGGUGUCCAAGAAAAGAAUCUGAAUCUAGAUGUAGUCCAAGUACACCACUAUCUUGGAGUGGUGGUUGUGGUGGUUCUUCUUCUUCUCCAUCUGGUUAUGUCGAUGGUUACGAAGCUACUAGUCGUCAAAUCAGUGCCGUUGGAUCUAGAUCCAAGAACAUUUCAUCACUUAGAUCACCAUUCAGCGAGCGAGGCAUCGAGAAUAAUAACUUGAAGAGAAUGAAGAUGAAUCAUAUUCAGAAUUUGGCAAAGGAUGAGAAUUGCAAGACAGAUGGCAAUUUCUUGCUACCAGAUUUGAAUAUAGUGCCAUGUGACGAAAAUAGUGACCACUAUACGUCUUUAGGUGUGGAAACAACACUAUAUGGGAUAAGGAUUAUAAGGUGAAAGAAGCUCACUUAAUCCAUGAGAAAGUGGUUUUGAGAAUGUUUAAGCUGAUCUGAUCAUCUUUGACUCGGCUUUUUAAAAGGGUUCGCGCCACGCAUGAGCUCGAAAAGACAAAGAGUAUAAAUUCCUCAAGGAAGUUUCCUUUGUGUGGUGGUUCUAUAUAUGAAGAUCAUCAGCAAAUGUGUAAGAUAGAUAAAACAAAGAGAAGAAUAUAAUUUCUGGUUGUUUCUUUGUAGCAAUAACAAAAACAGAUAUUUUGUAUUGAUUGUCUAUAUUUGCACAAGUGGUAAAAUGUCCCUUUUCAGCAAGAAAACAAAACAGUUGAACACAAAACCUAAAAUGUCUCUUUCAA